GAGGCGGUGCUGCGCAUGCGCAGUGAUGCGAGGCCCUCUGCGUGCCAUCCCCAUCAUGGCGGCCGCCAUCACCGGGAGCGGAACCGGCCCCAAACGGGCCCGAACGGAGCCGGUUCUGCGCAUCGGAACCCACGACGGCACCUUCCACUGCGACGAGGCGCUGGCCUGUUACCUGCUGCGCCUGCUGCCGCGAUACCGGGAUGCGGAGGUGGUUCGGACCCGGGACCCCCAGCGCCUGGCCCAGUGCGAUGUGGUGGUGGAUGUGGGGGGUGAAUAUGACCCCGAGAGGCACCGCUAUGACCAUCACCAGAGGUCUUUCACCCAGUCCAUGCGGAGCCUCCAGCCCAGCAAGCCCUGGACCACCAAGCUGAGCAGCGCUGGGUUGGUUUAUUGCCACUUUGGCUCUCAAAUCCUUGCUGGGCUCCUGGGGCAGCCAGAGGACAGCCCUGUAGUGACUGCACUCUAUGAUAAGCUCUAUGAGAACUUUGUGGAGGAGAUCGACGCCAUCGACAACGGCAUCGCCCAGACGGACGGGGAGCCCCGCUACGCCCUCACCACCAACCUCAGCUCCCGUGUGGGGCACCUGAACCCCCGCUGGAACGACCCCGACCAGGACACUGAGGCAGGGUUUAAGCGGGCAAUGGAGCUGGUGGGCAGUGAGUUCAUGGACAGGCUGGACUACUAUCACCGUGCCUGGCUGCCUGCGCGGGUCCUCGUGGAGGACGCCAUCCGGCGCCGCUUUGAGGUGGACGCAAGCGGGGUGAUGCUGGAGCUCCCGCAGGGCGGCUGCCCCUGGAAGGAGCAUCUCUUCAGCCUGGAGAAGGAGCUGGAGCUGCACAACCCGCUCCUCUUGGUGCUUUUCCCCGACCGCAGCGGGCAGUGGCGGCUGCAGAGCGUCCCGGUGGGACCACGCAGCUUCGAGAGCCGCCUUCCUCUCCCCGAGCCGUGGCGGGGUGUUCGUGAUGAGGCGCUGUCUCAGCUCACCGGGAUCCCAGGUUGUGUCUUUGUGCACUCAAGCGGCUUCAUCGGAGGCAACCGCACACGGGAGGGGGCGUUGGAGAUGGCCCGGAGGACACUGGCACUGCAGGGGGGGGGAGCACAAAGCGGAUGAGGCCCCCAGCCCUGCAGGGGCCAUCCCCAAUGAGACGCCCAUGCUGGGACUUCCCAUGGACUGUUGCUGGGAACAGCUGAGACCAUUCCUACUUGGCUCGAUCACAGUGCUGUGAGCUGGGGGAGCCACUGGUCCCAGUUACAGCAUUGGACUGAUGUGAGAGCACAGAACAGACUUGAGAGGCUUUUAGGAUUCAGUGCCCGGCCUGUUAUGUAUUGGCUGCCAACACCAGUAAAAACCAGUGCAUUCUCAA